AUGACCUUUCAAUCAAAAUAUGUUGAAAGUACAAGCUUGGUAAUUGACAGAGAUCCGGAAUCUUUAAAAAAAUUAAUGGAAUUUAUUUGCAUCUCACUAUUCAAAGUAUUCGUAUCUAAUAAUGCUUCUUUGAAUAAUUUACGUAUAAAAAUCGAUAAUUCUUGUGGUCAAUUCUUGUUUGAAACCUGUGAGAUCAUCUCACAUAACCCAAGAUUUAUAUCUGACGUUGAGAUUUUAAAUUUAGAAUUCGAUCAUUUGGAUUUGAAACUUAAACUCAUUCAACCUUUCCUUGAGUCAUUACCAUCAUUUUUUUCUUCGAUUAAACAUUUAAAUUUUUGCUCGAAUUAUUAUGAUGAGACAUUAUCAAACAAUAUAACAAAUAUAAUUCAAUCGCAAAAACAACUUUUAUCCUUUUCACUUUCUUUCACAUAUAACAAUGUGAAUGCUUUGUACCCUUCCAAAAAUUUAACUUCACUUCAUUUUUUUAAAUGUGAUUUUGCAAAUUUAUUAUCAUGCGAGGGUCAUUUUGGUCAAAAGAAGCUUAAAUCACUCAGUUUCAUGCGUUGCAGGGGACUUACGGCUCAAGUUUUUCAACAAUUAUUUGUUAUUCCCACACCGUUCACACCAUUAAAGAUUAAAUCUUUAAGAGUAGAAGAUGAAUGCUCAGGAAUUGGUUUGUUAAUUCAGGAAUUCGGUCCUUAUCUAGAGUAUUUAGAUUUAAAAUUGUGGGAAAUUGCAGAUAGAAAAAUUGCUCUUGAGAGCAUCAUAAAUUAUUGUGAUAGAAUUCAAUAUCUCUGUUUAGCUAAAUUCAAUCAUGAGAACAUUCCUCAAAUAUAUAAAUUAAUCGCUCAUAAUAGCCAACAUCUUAAAUAUCUUACACUUCACCCAACUAAUGUAGAUGGUUUGCAAGUUAGUUCAAGUCUUUUGAAAGGUUUAGGUCCAACGUUACCGGAUUCCCUAGAAUAUUUAAAUUUAUGUCUUAACGUCGUUCCAAAUGACCUGUACAACUUUUUGUGUAACAUCAUGCAUGUUGGUUUAAAAUCAUUAUUGGCCAAAAACAAUCAUGUUUGUGAUGUUGAUACUACCUUUGGUGUCUUGAAAGAAUUCGUUAUGGAAAAAAAGAUAAAACAUUUCGCUUAUCAUGUUAAUGGUUAUUUUAAUGCUAAAAAUUUGGAACAUUGUAAAUUGGAUCAUUUGGUUAAUGAAUUUCAACAUUUUGCAGUAAUGAAGAGAUAUGGUGAUUUGGCUUUAGGAAUUUCGGAUUUUGAUGACAACUUGUAUUGA